CAACAACUGGCUUAUCUGACGUCAUCACAGAGUUCCAAGAAUAUUCCUGUUCCACCUACUGGUUCCAGAUCAGCUAACAAAACACAAAUACUGUGACUGUGUGGCUACUCUACAAUAAAUUAAAGGGGACCCGGGUCAGUUUUGGUACGCGAUUGCGCGCACGUCCGAGUGUGUGGAGGAAGUGCACGUGUUGCAUUGACAGUCUUAUGCAAGCCACCAUGCACACAGGCAAGAUGUCCGAAGCUGCUGCUGUAUCAGAGAACAACGGACUAAAUGGGUCCUGGGUGGAGUUGGAGAUGAACAGAGCUGCGGCCACAACUGCAGCGAGGUUGUCCCAGUCUGCCUCUGCCGUAGGCCAGGCUCUGGAGCUGCUCCCCCUGCCUCAGGUGGAGGAGGAGGUGGAGUCCAUGGUGGGGGGACUGGAGCACGUGCCCUCCUCAUCCUCUAUCCAUAAUGGAGACAUGGAGAGAAUUCUACUGGACGCUCAGCAUGAGUCCAGCCGCAGCAACUCUUCCUGUGACAGUCCUCCCCGGCCUCAUAGUCCCCAGGAGGAUGAUCAUGAUGGACAGAUCAUAUUUGAUGUGGACGUGAGCAGCAGGAGAGACAGCCAAUCAGAGGAGGAUGCCCUGGAGAAGGAGAGGGACAUGGAUAUCCUCAUGAAGGACUCUGACUGGGUAGCAGACUGGUCCAGUCGGCCCGAGAACAUUCCCCCUAAGGAGUUCCAUUUCCGCCACCCCCGGCGUUCAGAUACACUCAGCAUGAGAAAUACAAGGGCGAUGAAGAAAGGAGGCGUCUUCUCUUCAGAGUUCCUCAAAGUGUUCAUCCCCUCGCUGUUACUGUCACACAUCCUGGUUCUGGGGCUGGGGGUGUACAUUGGGAAGAGGUUGACCACGCCCCCUACAAGCUCUUUCUGAGCGGGAAACUGAAGAAGUGCCUGAGGAAUGGCUGUAAUAUUUUGGGGGGAGGGGAAUGUUGCUGUUUUGCAAAGAAUGCCCAUCUCUCCUCAAACUUUCCUUCUCUCCCUUACCCCUCUUUCUCUCUCUCUCUGUAUGCUUUUUCCCACCUGUCAAAGCAUUUCCUCUUCCUGUAUCCUGGGCAGACCUGAGAUGUGCUGUUCUCAGGACAGAUGCGUUGCCCUUUCUCUUAUUUUACCCCCUGCCCCUCUUUCUAUCAGUCAUUUUCUGACUGCUUCCAGAGUAAGGCCAUAUACUUUGCUCCUGUUUGGGUGGGUAUUUUGGGAAGCGGCAAAGCGUAAAACCAAACCUAACUCUUCUACACACUAGCUCCAGCACUCUGUAAUUGCCUGGUUGUACGAGAGAGAGCUGUCUGCCCGACAGAUUUUGAAGAUAGAAGUAGCCCAAGAUGGUGCCACCUACAACGGUGGUUGGGUGAAACUCUCAAACCCUGAACAGGUCCAACCAAAUUCAGAAAGAAAGAAGCUAACCUGAAGAUGUGAGCAUGCCUUUGAAAGUAAUCAUUUUGUCCAGAAGUAGAAACACAUUUGACUAUAGUUAUGGUAAUUUCCUAUAGAUGUAUUUUACCACCAGUGGUGUAUUGAUAAUGAAGCCUGGGUUUUGAUUAUGAAGGGUGUUACCAUAGUGGCCAUCUCAAACCCACAACCACCUGACGCUGUGCACAGGAGGGAAUCUGCUUGGCCUGCCAGAUGAGAUGUCUACAAGACCUAUGGUAUCAGGAAUAUAUCUACACCUAGAUGGAAAAUAUCAUAUUACACAUGUAUCCAGUUGUUAAUCAUUAUAAAAAUGUCUGUCAUUUCAAAUGCAUUUUAAACCAUUUUCAAAACUGCCAUGAAUGACUGGAAAAUUAUGGAUAUAUUUUUCCUAUUAAAUGUAAACUGACAGUUGUUUUGUGGGUGGAAGUUGGGUAGCCACACUGGGGUGGUGUGUUUGUUCUGUUGCGUGUCAUUCUCUUGUUUGUCUGUUUUGAGUUCUCUACAACAUAUCAUGGGCCUAGUUAUUUAGGCCUGGUUCACUGGGUAGACCUCUGAUAUGCCUGUCCAAACUUAAGCAUGCUCUGACUGUCACGGCGAUCUAUGUCACAGUGCUCCAAGAUGGACAGCAGUAUUUCAAAGUUGACACAAUGUGCUGUUUGUACCAGCUCCACCAUUGGACCUUGCUGAGAUCAACCUCUUGUAUACAGUAUCUUAUUUGCAUCUCCCUCUACACAACUGCCAAAAGGAACUGAGGUCCACCUUGAAACUCAACUGUUCUGAGUAACCACGUGCCUCACCUCUGUUCCCAAGCCUCCAUUGUGGUUAUUUUGGUCUCACUGUCUGCCUGUGAUCAGACAUUGAGAGGCUAGUCCAUGGCAUGUUUUUGGGGUGUUUUUUUUCUCAAUUAGUUUUAUUGUCUGUAUUGUUGUGACAUUGGAGUCUGAACAGACAGAGAAUGAGGUGUAGCUAUGAUGAGAUGGAACUACAGAGAUUUAAUGAAGAUUAUGUUAGAAAGACACCUUGCAAGGCCCAAUGUGAAAAGGAAAAGGAAUGUGUAGAAAUGGUUCCCCUCAGACUGCUAUGGUAACAAUAGUUAUUAUCAUACACAUCCUUUUGAUUUCAUUUGAUGUUUUUUCCCCUCAUUGGAAAAUGUAAAAAAUAAUUUGUCAAUAAAAUUCCCUGAAUCAAGCUGAA